CGAGAAUGGUGGAACGCUACUACACAGGUUUUAGAACGCUUCCUGCUCACCCAAAAUGGCGUCCUUGGGGCUGCUGUUACGAAAUAUUUCCACAACAAGCGUGAAAACAUUGUGGAAUCCUGCAAAAAGCAGAGCGGCAGCGACUUACUUUGCAAGGAGAAAUGCUGGUACAUACUACUAUGAUAAAGAUUUUAUCAAGACAAGGCAGGGGCCAUUUGAAGAACCAGAUGAUUACAUAAAAGAGAGGAUGAUUAUUCAGCAUCAGAAUCCUAAUCUGAUGCCAGAAGAGAAAGAAAUACAGAAUUUAACAUUAAAUUUUGGACCUCAGCAUCCAGCUGCCCAUGGUGUAUUGAGACUUGUACUAACUCUCAGUGCAGAGCAAGUGGUACGAUGCGACCCACACAUAGGCCUCCUACACAGAGCAACAGAGAAACUUAUAGAAUACAAAACAUAUAUGCAGGCAUUACCUUACUUUGAUCGUCUGGAUUAUGUAUCUAUGAUGUGUAAUGAACAGACAUACAGUCUUGCCGUGGAGAAGCUUCUUAAUAUUGAGGUCCCAGAAAGAGCUAAAUAUAUUAGAGUGAUGUUUGCUGAACUGACUAGAAUAUUAAACCAUUGUAUGGGUAUUGGUACGCACGCACUUGAUGUAGGAGCGAUGACACCAUUUUUCUGGCUGUUUGAGGAGAGAGAAAAGAUUUUGGAAUUUUACGAAAGAGCAUCAGGUGCUAGAAUGCAUGCAGCUUAUGUCCGCCCUGGAGGCGUUGCAUUGGAUAUCCCUCUUGGACUGAUGGAUGACAUCUAUCAGUUUAUUGAGCAAUUUGGUCAGCGUAUAGAUGAGGUGGAUGAUGUCCUGUCAGCAAACAGAAUAUGGAAACACAGAACUAUAGAUGUGGGUGUAAUCUCAGCAGAGGAUGCUCUUCUUUAUGGAUUCAGUGGUGUAAUGUUACGAGGAUCUGGUAUCAAGUGGGAUCUUAGGAAACAGCAGCCUUACGAUGCAUAUGACAAAGUAGAAUUUGAUAUUCCAAUUGGUACACGUGGCGAUUGCUACGACAGAUACUUGUGUCGUAUGGAGGAGAUGCGACAGAGUUUACGUAUAAUCCACCAGUGUUUAAAUAAAAUGCCAGCCGGUGAGAUUAAAACUGAUGAUCAUAAAGUGUCGCCUCCUAAACGUGCAGAAAUGAAGAACUCAAUGGAAUCUUUGAUCCAUCAUUUCAAGCUGUACUCUGAGGGUUACAAUGUUCCACCAGGUUCUACAUACGUUGCAACAGAAGCACCAAAGGGUGAAUUUGGAGUAUAUCUAGUUUCUGAUGGAUCUAACAAACCAUACAGAUGUAAAAUCAAGGCACCAGGAUUUGCUCACUUGGCAGCACUUGACUUUCUCUGCCACACACACAUGCUGGCAGAUUUGGUCGCCAUUAUAGGCUCUCUGGAUAUUGUGUUCGGAGAAGUGGAUCGUUAAGAUGCAGGCUGGGUUGGAUCACAUGUCACAUACACACAUGUUGGCUGAUGUUGUUGCUAUUAUUGGUACUCUAGAUGUUGUCUUCGGAGAAGUGGAUCGAUAACAUGUUAUCUGCUUUUUAGAACAUUUUUGUGUGUGUUUGACACUAAAUUAUUAUGCAAACAUUUACAAACUGAAACAUUACAGGUACUAAAUAGUCUGCAGUAUUUUCAGGAAAGAACAGAUCAAAUAAGUUGAUGUAAAAAAGUGAAUUUGCUUUUGAAUUUUAAUUUGCCUAUGUUGUCGAGUAUGUACAUGGACUAAAUGUGUUAACCUGUCGAAGGCUUUUGAACUUGUGGUUGUAUUAAUACAACAUCUAUUGGUAUAUGGUAUUUAAUAUAACCACUUAAAGCUCUGUAGAGAUAUUUUUAAAGAUGUGAAAAGAAAAUAGAUUGUUUUGUUAUA